CCUUCCCCAUUCCUGCCCGCCCCUGGCGCUGGCGGGACCGGCUGCAGCUCCUGUGGCCGUUGCGGGUGGCUCCGCCGGACCAUGGCUGAGCAGCGGCAGGACAGGGCAGCGCUGAUCAGCGAGAUUCGGCGGCGUUUCGAGGCGGAGUACCUGUCAGAUAAAUCAGAUAAAUAUGACUUCAGAGAUGUGGAAAGACUUCAGCAAGAUGAUAAAUGGGUUGAAAAUUAUCUGAUUUGGCGUCAUGAUGUUGUGGAUGAUACAUUAAAGAUGAUUGAUGAAAGCUUUCGGUGGAGGAAAGACUAUACAGUUAAUGAUUUGACGGAAUCUGUCCUUCCAAAAUGGUUAUUUGAAAACGGUACUCUCUUUCUGCAUGGAUAUGAUAAAGAGGGAUAUAAAUUAUUUUGGUUCAAAGUGAAGCAUCAUGUAAAAGAUCCCAAACAGCAACUUGACAAAAAGAAACUGGUAGCUUUUUGGUUAGAACAUUAUGCCAAGAGAGAUCAUGGAAAGCCCUUAACAGUGGUAUUUGACAUGGCUGAAACUGGAAUCAGUCACAUUGACUUGGAUUUUGUUCGGUUUAUUGUCAACUGUUUUACAGAUUAUUACCCAAACUUCCUCACAAAGAUAGUGAUAUUUGAAAUGCCAUGGAUAAUGAAUGCUGCUUUUAAAAUUGUGAAGGGUUGGCUUGGCCCAGAUGCAAUAAGCAUGUUAAAGUUCACAAACAAGAAUGAUGUGCAGGAGUACAUCAGUGGAGAGUAUCUGCCUCCUCACAUGGGGGGAACUGACUCAUUCAAGUACAGUUACCCUCCAUUGGUUGAUGAUGAUUUUCAAACUCCAUUAUGUGAAAAUGGGCCCAUUACUAGUGAAGAUGAGCAUGAAAGUAAAGAAGAGAUAGAUGCUGACACCAAGGAGGCUGGGGAGCUGAAUGAAGAACAAAACCUUAAUCAGAAAAAGAUGAAUUCUGUAGAGCAAAAUUCCAAAUCAGAAGAAACUGACAAAACAGAGUUCAAACCAAAAAAUUCAAAGAGAGCAUUAGCCACUUUUAAAGGACCUUUAUUACAUAUCAGCCCAGCAGAAGAACUAUAUUUUGGGUCCAAAGAAACUGGAGAAAGAAAAUGCUUGAUAGUUCUCACAAAUGUCACUAAAAACAUAGUGGCUUUUAAGGUGAGAACAACUGCUCCUGAAAAAUAUAGAGUUAAACCCAGCAACAGCAGCUGUGAACCUGGCACAUCUUUGGAUAUAAUAGUCUCUCUUCAUGGUGGUUUUGCAGCUUCUCUGCAAGAUCGUUUCCUUAUAAUGGCAGCAGAAAUGGACCAGCCUUCUGGAACAGGUAUACCAGAACUGACUCAGUUUUGGAAGGAAGUCCCUAGGACCAAAGUGAUGGAACACAGGCUCAGGUGUCAUGUGGUAGAAAGUAGUAAGCCUUCUUCUCUGAUAUUAAAAGAGAAUUCAUUGAAUAUAGCAGCAAAAACCAAUGAAGAUUUGCAUAUGCAGCUAACUCGCUUACUGCAAAUUAAUAGAAGACUUCAGGAGCAGAUCGAUCGAUGCCUCUGGUUUCAGCAGCUGUCAGUUGUUUUGUCAUUGCUGUCAGUUACUGUUGUUGCCUUCUGCUUCUACUUGGUGUCUUCCCAGAGAAGCUGAACAGUGUUGCUUUGCACUGGAUAUGCUGCCUGUCAUGGUGCAUUGAAGUGGAAGAGAUUGCAGUGCUGAGAUCAGAUUCUGGAACUGUCAAAAUGAGGUUUGUGAGCCUAAAACAAUGCACAAUGAUGUAAUUUGCUGGGGAAAAAAAAGUAAUUAAUGACCAGCAAAGGAUAUUACUGAAAGUUGACGCUUAGAACCGUGCAUGAGGAAGACAUUAAGAACUAGGACCUGUUUUCAGUGUACAACUCAAUAAAUGCUACUGAGCUGGAAGGAAGAAACCAAAUACAACAUCUUAAUUUCAGACAGUUUAAGGUUUUUGUCCUCUAUUCAACUACUUUAAAUACAGUAUUUAAUUUCUUUUUAUCAUUUUCAUUUUUAUAUACUCAGCUACUGUCAUAGAAGAUGCAAGCAGUCAAAUGUAUUGUAAAGGUUAACUUGUUAAUUCAGGAAAAUUUACAGAAAUUGUCAUCCAGGUAUAUUUUUAAUGUAAUCUUUAUAUAUACACAUAUAUAGGAAGAUAUUUGUUGUUAUUAAUUAUAUUGGUAAUUCAGACUCAUUGCUUUCAUUGGUUAAUUACCUUAUUUAUGUACUUUUCCUGAUUACAAGGUAAUUGCAAAGAUUUCCUUCCAAACAACAUAGAUGCAUCCAUAUUGACCAGAAUUAAAACUCUUUCUUGAUUCCAAAGAUAGUAAUGAGAUAUUUAUGGCAAGACAUUAUUCCUGUUCUUUCCUUUCUUUUUCUUGAAAGCUGAGAGUUGACUUUUGAUGAGCUAUUCAUAAAAAUGCUAAUACAUAAUCGGUGUAAGAACUUAAAAUUACAGAUAAAUUUAUGUAGAAAAACCAAGUCAAGUUGGGAAGAUCACAUAUUGUUGAAGGCCACAUAAAUGUGUUAUAUUUGCUGAUCUUCCAAAAUGGUUGUAGAAACAGUUGUGAAUGAAGCUAGCAAGAACUUAUGCUAACAAGGAUUCUUUGUACUUGUUGCUAUAAAUACAUGUCUUAUAAAUACGUGAAAGGAGAGUGAUGGUAUCUUUCAUACACUUAAAAUUUUCACUCUUGAUGGGAUCUAAAAAAUGAAAAAUUCUUUACUAGAAUUUUUUCUACAAAUUGGCUUUGUAAGAGAUAAAGUUAUUUUGUCUGCUGACUUCAACAGAUGAAGGGAGAUUAUGGAGGAAAAAUAAAAGUCACACUUUGCUUCUGUCUUUUUGCAUACAGUAUCUCCAUUAUGAUGCUGAUGUAGUAUCACUUAUAAGAAACAGAAGAUCCAGUGCAAAAAUUGCAUCAGCAAAGUGAUUUAGUUCAUAAUAGUUUUGCUGCUUUAUUAGUUAAAAAAUUUCCAUGAAAAAAAGUGUUUACAGAACUAAUGAUGAGUACAGACCUUCUUAAUUUGUACAAUGUUUACUACAUCUUCAUUUUCUUAAUUUUUCAGUAGUCUCAUUUCUGUUCAGUUUGCUUCUCAGUUUUUUGUUUUCUUAUUUGUUCACUGCUUGCAAUGAAGUUGCUGUUCAGGUUAUUUUCAUGUGCAUGCAACUCAGAUGCUUUGCUUCCAACAAAAUGGGUUCUUGUCUUGUUGAGAAAGGUGAUGAAGUAAUUUGUAACCUUAA